GGUGCAAGUGAGUAACACAGUGGCGAAGCUCUUCUCCUAAGAUUGCUGAUAAAUUGGUGCGCCUCAGCAGUCUAUGGCUUUCCUGUCUCUUUUGUUUCCAUGGAGAAGCGAAGCUGACUGUGUGGAAGAGGAGCUUAAGCGAAACUGAGACUGCUCUUUCUUGCAUCAACUGUCGAUACAUUCUAAAGGACUUAAAAAUGGAUCUCAGAGAAGGAUUUUGUCAGGGAACUUGGAAAAAAUCUUCAUCCUCUAGGAGUGAAUUUGAGAAGGGUCAGCCUUCCACUAAUUUUAGUUUGCAGCAACAUCAGCAGAAGUGGGAAGAUCCCUCCAUGUUAGAAUAUGGUAUUAGGAUGGAAUCACCAUUUUCGGAGUUAAACCAACCAUCUGGAACCCAAUCUUCUCCUCCUUCCAAUUCCAAUGAGCAAAUCAAAAUUUCAGAGCUGGAAGAGAGGGAGAUGAGCGAGACACUCGAAACCAACAAAAUGCAAGACUGGGAUCCACAAAUAAUGCUAAAUAAUCUCUCCUUCCUAGAGCAAAAGAUCCAUCAGCUUCAGAAUUUAGUGCAAGUAAUAGUUGGCCAGAGAGACCAGGUGCUGGGCCAACCUGAUGAUCUUGUUACUCAGAAACAGCAGCUUGUCACUGCUGAUCUCACUUCAAUUAUUGUUCAGUUGAUCUCUACUGCUGCUGGUCUUGUCCCUUGUGUCAAACACGCACUUCCUCCAUCCACUCCUAUCGGACAGCUUGGUUCACUAGGUAUUUUAUCCUCUGGGGCAGGCCUUAAUGAUGCUGUUCAGCGACAAAACAGUGGACACAGUAAAGUUUCUGAUCAGUCCACCCAUAUGGAUCAUCGGGGAAUUGAUGGGACUGAGCAAAACAACAGUAACGAACAACUUGAACUGAAAGAUGAAGAAGAUGUCGAUGAAGGAGAGAACCUUCCAUCUGGUUCCUAUGAGAUCUUGCAAAUAGAAAAAGAAGAAAUCCUUGCUCCCCACUCACACUUCUGCUCAAUCUGUGGAAAGGGGUUCAAGAGGGAUGCUAAUUUACGGAUGCAUAUGAGAGGACACGGUGAUGAGUACAAAACCCCAGCAGCUCUUGCGAAACCUAACAAGGAACCCAGCUCCGAGCCAUUGCUUAUUAGGAGGUAUUCAUGCCCUUUUUCAGGUUGCAAGCGUAACAAGAAUCACAAAAAGUUUCUGCCUCUAAAGACUAUUCUCUGUGUCAAAAACCAUUACAAGAGAACUCAUUGUGACAAAAGCUUCAUGUGCAGCAGAUGCAACACCAAGAAGUUCUCUGUUCUUGCAGAUCUGAAAACGCACGAGAAGCAUUGUGGCAAGGACAAAUGGAUCUGUUCCUGCGGCACAACAUUCUCGCGAAAAGACAAGCUCUUUGGACAUGUUGCUCUGUUCCAAGGUCAUACUCCUGCCCUUCCUCUUGAUGAAUCUAAAGGAUCAGCUGGGUUGUCCGAUAAAAGGGGUUGCAAUGAAACAACAAAGAAGGUUGAAAAUUUAAAUUUCAACUUUAACUACAAUGCUCCAGGUGAAAAUGGGAUCCAGAAUGCUAUGGAUGUGAAAGCAACAGUUGAUGAUCCUUCUAGUUAUCUCUCACCACUGGGCUUCGACGCAUGCAAUUUUGGUGGGUUUAACGAGUUCCCGCAACCCCCAUUCGAUGAUAGUUCGUUCUCGUUUCUCAUUCCAGGUUCGUGUAAUUACCGCCAGAAAACUGCAGAGGAGUCCAGUUUUAACAAUAUUAGCUGAUGGUUGGUAGGCAUUUGCGUCUGCUUGUUUCUGAGGUCCGAACUAUAAGUUGAUAUUUCAUUUGAUAGUUGAAGUAGGUUCAUGUACCUGCUAACUCUACAACUUCAAUAAAUGUUUUUCUUAGUCAUUAAUUUAUGGAUAAAGUUGAUAAAUUGGUUGUUUUGACAAA